CGCUCCACCUCAACGAAAGAAGUAACAGCUUGCACCUCCUAAAUAACACUGCUGAUCACUGGUGUCUCCAAAACUGGCUGAUGAAUACACGAGUGACAAGGAACAAUGGAGGAUAACUAGUGAGGAAGAUGCGCAGAAAGCCCUUUCUGCCCUUGAACAAAACCAGAAGCCACCGGAAAAAAUUAUCGUGCGGUCCACCGCCAAAAAGACCAAAAAACCAAUAGAGGCCAGCCUAUCGCCCCUGCUGAUCAAGCUGGCCGAGGCAGGCAGAAACAUUGACUUGCAUCUCUGGGACUCCUUUUGGCGGAAGGAAACUCCCCCUGAUGACAGCUACAGGCUGGGAGAGUUUAUCAGGGCCGGGCAUGCAGGGAAACUGACACACUUCUUCGGCCAUGUCGACUUCGCCACUGCAAUGAAGAUGACGUCAGUAGAAGAUUUCGGACUGCGCCUGGAGAAGACGACGGACGUGGCGGAGUUGAAUUCUUUGGAGAAGUGCAAUAGUGUUGCCGUCAGCAGAAACAUCAAGCCGGAAGAUAUCACGGAGCGAUUGAAGUCAGUUCAUAGCAUCACCUUCGCGAAGCUGCAAGACGAUGAGGUGGCCUGGGCCGUGGCUGUCGCUGAAAAAUUGUUGCCCGAGACUCACCAAGAUAGACUGCCAGCUCACCUCAGAACUGGAAAAGCGCUUAAUCAGCUUAUCCUGAAAAGAUGGUUCCUGACACGAUCGGGUUUGGAAGAGCUGCUGAACACUUCUGAUCCAAAUAUCGCUUCUAUUUUCUUGGAGGUUCACGAACACCACACAAUCACGGAUGAAGAAAAGAGCAAGCUCUGCGAGCUGGCCGGCCAGAAGGGCAUAGAACUCUUCUGGCACAUGCCCAAAUUUCAUGACAACAGAGGGAUAAAGAGACGCCAAUAAUCUCCUUCAUGCUUUCGUAUUGGGAAUUUCCAGAAGCAUCCAUAAGCUACAAACCAUUUUCAAAGUUUACUAUCAGUUUUUAUUGUGUUCCUCGCCUAACUGAUUUCAUUAUUUUUCUUUUUUUUUACUUUAGCAGCCCACAAAUUGUAGUUUAUCUCUAAAAACGACUGUUAUAGAUGCACCUUAUUAAGUGCUGAUCGUCCGACUAUAAGGUGCUCAGCAAUCCAUUCAACCUUUCCCAACAUCUGAGGUUCCUACUAGCGCCGAGGUGGAUUCGAGGUGCAUCUUGGAUUUAAAACACGACUUUCAGUUAUGUUUGAUUUAACAUGAGAUUUUGUUUGUCUCUAAUAUUAAAGUUUUUGCUCAGUUUAUGAACAAAUGAUUUUUUCUUAUUACUGAUAUCCACAUAGGUCUACUUGUACACUUUAACAGACCACCUCUGAAUGCAAAUACAAUAUACAUUCGAAUAGGUAAUCAAAACGAAUACAGGUGAUUGACAUUUAUUUAAAUGAUUGAUUAAUUAGUAGCUUAGGGACUUGUCUUAGCAAUGAGAUGAUCUUCAAAAUACAGACCGUUCCGCAAAUAUGAUUGACUAUUUCAAUGUUAUCAUUAGUCUUGGGAUGAAGUAACUAUUUCCAUUAUUAUUAGAAUUUAAAGACCUAGUAACUCUACUUAUUAGAAAAAGUUGAAGCGCUUUUGAGUAAUUACGCUAUUUACACCAGGUGAAAUGCAUUCGAGUUCAUUAAAAGGGCGAUUUUCUGUUCAUUCGACAAAACUUUGAAGAUAAUCAAGGUCCAAAUAUAGGCCUAUAGAAUUCAUUGAUCAGUGACACUAAUGAAUGAUGUAUUUAAACUGAAUUUGAACUGAAAUUUUCUUAUAGUUUUACAAAACAAUGCUAUGAAGCUAAGAGUCAGGCGCGUUGUUUGCUUAUUUUAAUGUGAUUUAUGUAUUUAGGAGUCACGAUUUUUUAUUCAUUUCCUCGUGGUAUAAUUUUUUAGGUAAGAUAACUAAUGUUCUGCUAGCAUACACUUUUGCGUCCAUGCAUGAAAAAUUAUUGAGAAUACUAUACAUUUAUUGAAAAAUUGAUUGA